UAACCACAGCACUUUCCGAAUUCCGUUGUUACAAACUAUGUUGUGAAACAUAAAAACCAAGUUAAGAAUAUUUCUAUAAGUAAAUAAAUAAUGGAUCACAACCGUUUAUUUAUAGGACUAAUUCUGUUGUCUGCAGUUACAGCAGUUGAUAUUUUGGAUAUCCAGCUCUCGAAAAGAGAAAAAGAAUGUUACGGCACGAACAUGGGUUUCAGCUUUACUGGAACACGUGAAUACCAUUAUGAGGCUCUGCGCAGGCGAUACAGCGGAUGCACCCACGUCCAAGGCAACUUAGAGGUCACGAACCUUAGUGACAACUGGAAUGUGACACAUGAUCUCAGCUUCCUGUCAACAAUAAAGGUGGUUACAGGAUACGUACUGCUUGGACUGUUAAAUGUAGAAACAGUUCCAUUGACAAGUUUACGUUUGAUCAGGGGUGACCGUAUGCUCCAACUUUCUGGAAAGAAAUAUGCGCUUUUCGUGGCCUUGACAUCUGAAGGAACACCCACCGCUGAUAAUCCAACUCCAGGGUUGAAAGAAAUACAGAUGCCAAGUUUAAGAGAAAUUUCCAGAGGAAAAGUGAAAUUUACCCAGAAUCCUCUGCUGUGUUAUAUUGAUACUAUUGACUGGAGUGCUAUAACGAAAGACGAGGUUAUACUGGAAGAAAACGCAGAUCCAAGUCAAUGUGAAGAAUGCCCCUUAAACUGCAAGGGAAAAGAUGAUGCAUCUCAUUGCUGGGGGAAAGGACCAAAUAUGUGCCAGAGAGUUGAUCAUGUGGAGUGCGACCCUAUAUGCCCUGGGAAAUGUUUUAAAGAAGGCAUUAUAGGCUGUUGUCAUCCGCAGUGUGCCGUUGGCUGUAGGAAUGGUUUGGACACAGAGUGUGAGAUGUGUAAAUAUUUUCGGCACGGGCUGAAAUGUGUGCAGCAGUGUCCAGAGGGAACGUAUUCUAUAGCACAAGAAUGCAUUGAUUUCUGAAUUGACAGUACAUCACGUGACCAGGAUGCUGGGGUGAACAUACCUUACACUUAGGUUGAUACGCUUUUGGCAUCAUACAUACACUUUAUAGCUAUAUAUUGUGUAAAGGCAUGGAUGAUAUUGCUUUUCAAAAUUAUCACCAUUUGUAAUCUAUUUUUACGUACAAAAAGACGAAAUACAAAUUAGAGUGGAAUCAUGGAUGGAAAGCCUUUGCUAGAAGUUGCGCCGUGUCAACGACAAAAUUGAUUGUGUUACAUGCUGGCAAUGCACAACAAUUAAAAAACGAUAUAUGAGCCGCGCCAUGAGAAAACCAACAUAGUGGCUUUGCGGCCAGCAUGGAUCUAGACCAGCCUGCACAUCCGCGUAGUCUGGUCAAGAUCCAUGCUGUUCGCUUUCAAAGCCUGUUGGAAUUCGAGAAACUGUUAGCGAACAGCAUGGAUCCUGACUAGACUGCGCGGAUGCGCAGGCUGGUCUGGAUCCAUGCUGGUCGCAAAGCCACUAUGUUGGUUUUCUCAUGGCGCGGCUCAUAUAUAGAUGCAUAUGAAUACAACUGUAGACUUGUUUUAUUGUAUAUGUUUGCCUUACUUGUAUUAUGUAAAACUGUAAUUUCUACGUUUUAUGAGCGGAUACGGAAGAAAGCGCCUGUUUUUACAAACAAUUGAUAUUAUCUAUUUGUUAUAAUAUCCUGACAACCAUUAGUGACAUCUGGAUUUAUAAAUGGGACAUCGGAUAUAUAAAGAUUCUAAUGUUGCACCGUCAAACACUAGAACCGGACCUGGAAGAUUUGCAAAGAGUGAUUUAAUGACAUGUGCUCUCUGGUCUGGUGUCAGUAACAUCGAGCCUGUAACCAUAGAUUCGGUAACUGAUGUGUUAAACUUGGGUUAACAUUACAAAUAAGAGAGUAUAUUCUUUAUAAUGUAUCAAAAUUUACUCAAUAAUAAUUACUUUUAAUAAACAUCAUUGAACAGUGUACAAAGUUUGUAAUGGUUUUUCUGGGUAUAUACAAAAGUUUGGUAAAUUUAGGCUUUUUCACAUUUUAAACAAGUUGGAGACUUCAGUCCGGGUAAGUUCGAGUGCUCAGAAGUUAGAUUAUACUUGCAUUCUUUAUAAUCGUUAUUGUUCUUAUAUAUGGCAGUGUUAAUAUAUAAAAAUAUAUCACCGAUCAUAAAGAAAAGAAAAUUUGACUGAU